GGGGGCGGUGCCGGCCAUGGCGGCGGAGCGGGAGCAGCCGGGCCCCGCUCCCGGUCCCUGCUCGGGGGCCGCGGGGCAGGAGCGGGGCACGGCCGGAGGGUGCCGGUGCUCCGCUCUGCCCGCCCCGAGGCGCGGGGCCCUGGAGAAGGCCCGGCGCCGCCUGAGGGAGUUCGAUGUCGGGGACAGGUUCUCCCGCUUGCCGCUGCCCAGAGCCGCCGUGCUGCUGCCGCUCGUGGUGCGAGGGGGGCGGCUGCACCUGCUGCUCACCGUCCGCUCCCUGCAGCUGAGAAGAUCACCAGGGGAAGUGUGUUUUCCAGGAGGGAAAAGGGAAGCCACUGAUAAAGAUGACAUUGACACUGCUCUCCGAGAAGCUAAAGAAGAAGUGGGUCUUCAGCCAGAGAAGGUGGAAGUCAUCUGUAGGCUGAUGCCUGGAAUUGAUAAAGUAAGUCAGCAUAUCAGUACAGAGGAAGUUUGGGUGCUUUUCUUUUGUGAGGUUGGCAGUGACCUUUUCAAAGCUGGAGCUGCCAAGAGGCGCCGCUUCUUCACGUGCACAGCCCAGGGAAAGGGUUCUUGCUCAGUGUUUGCUAUUUGUGAGACCAGCUCUGGGGCACCAGUCAGUGACUCUGGAGUGCCGCGCUGACAGCGCUGCUCUGGCCAGAGUUUAGCAGAGAGCCGUGAGCGCAGUCACGGGGCUGCAGCGCGUGGGUGGUGAGCAGACGGGCUGAGAGAGGUGGGCUUGCUCAGCUGGAAGGCUGCCAGGGGUUUGGCUGCUUUCUUCUCCUGGGGAGUCAGAGAGAGGACGAUACCAGAACUCUUCUUGAGGCAGUGGACACAGCAGCAGCACGGACGUUUUCAGGAGAUGCAAGAAAAAAGUCCUCUUCACCAUGAGGUGAGCCCAAAAGCGGAGCAGAUGUUCCUGACAGGCUGUACAAUCUCCAUCCCUGGAGCUGUGCAGAGCUCACUCACCCAGGCAGGGUCGCAGCAGGCUGCUGCAGCCUCACAGGUGUCUGCUGACUCCAGGGCUGUGCACACAGAGAGGGAGCACCAGAGGGGAGGUGCACCAGGGUUGUGUGCAUCGUCUUCCUCCAGCAGGGAGACUCCCAGAGGUAUCUGUGGAGUGUAGGUCACCAUUUGUAAAUCAACAGGUUCUCAAUUCCAACAGCAGUGUUCAGUAUUACA